AUGAAGUACGGUUUCGCUAUUAUGGGCUUGAUGGGCUGUGCCCUCGCUCUCCCCGCUCACCAGGGUCCUCCUCCUUCCGGUCCUCCUCCCUCAAGCACUCCUAGCAGCUUCCCUGGCCCUGUGCCUACCGGCGACUUCGAGAAGCGUCAGUUCGGCGGUCUCCCUCCCGCUGGUACUCCUCCCUCUGGCACGCCCAGCAGCUUCCCCGGUCCUAUGCCUACCGGUGAAUUCGAGAAGCGCCAGUUCGGUGGCUUCCCUUCCUCUUUCAGCCUUCCUUUCCCCGAGCCCACUCCUGGCCUCGGUGGCUUUGAGAAGCGUCAAUUCGGUGCUCCCCCUCCUCCUCCUUCUGGCUCUGCGGGACCUACUCCCACCGGCCCCGUCCCCACUCCCUUCUAA